GAGACCAUUGGGCUGUCCCGGAAGUUCACUGAUUGGAUCUACGGGCCCAUCCACUCCUCGCUGUACGACAUGACCUCCAUCGACACCAGCGAGGAGAACUCAGUCCUGGAGAUCAUUGUCUUUGGGAAUGCCAUCAAGGGUUGAUAUGUUUCCAGUGUUGCUGCCGCUGACUAUCGGAACUUUGACCUCAGAACCGUCAGGAGAUGCUGCAGGUGGAGCCUCUAAAAAGCCUGCUGGAGGAGAAGUGGCAGAGGUUUGCCUCAAGGAUCUUCCUGGUCAACUUCCUGGUAUAUCUGGUGUACCUGGGCGUCUUCACCACUGUCGCCUUCUACAGGAAGGAAGGGCAGCCUCCGUUCCCCGUGGAGAACACCCCUCUGGACUGCUUUCGCUGUAUCGGGGAGCUGGUCAGUGUCCUGGGGGCGGUCUACUUCUUCAUCAAAGCGAUAGUGGACUUCAAGAGGAAACCACCACGCAUCAAAUCCAUAUACAAUGAUGGAUUAAAUGAAAUAACCUUCUUCCUGCAGGCCUCACUUCUCCUGGUGUGCACCGUCUUGUACGUGUUCGGGUGGAGGGCGUAUGUGGGCCCCUUGGUACUGUCUCUAGCCCUGGCCUGGGUCAACAUCCUCUACUACUCUCGGGGCUCCAAGGUCCUGGGCAUGUACAACGUCAUGAUACAACGGAUCAUAUUGAGCGACAUAUCUUGCUUUCUAUUUGUCUAUGUGGUCUUUCUCUUUGGAUUUUCUGCCGCGGUGGUGACACUCAUAGAGGAGGACCCCCUCGAUCAAGCGCUAAACCGUUCCCAGACGUUAGAGAGCCUAAAACCGACGUUCAACAACAUCCACUUCACGGCACUGGAGCUGUUCAGGUUCACCAUCGGCAUAGGAAACCUGGAGUUCAAGGACCAGAUGGAGUACAUCGAGGUGUUCUACAUCCUGCUCAUCAGCUACAUCAUACUCACCUACAUCCUGCUGCUCAACAUGCUCAUCGCCCUGAUGAGUGCCACCGUGGAGAGGGUGUCCCGGGAGAGCAAGAGCAUCUGGAAACUGCAGAGGUCUCUGACCAUCCUGGACCUGGAGAGAUCACUGCCCCUCUUCCUGAGGAACAGGCUGCGAUCCGGCAUGAUGAAGACCCUGUGUUUGCCCACCGGAAAUCGGACAUGCUUCAGGGUGGAGGAGGUAAACUGGAAAAAAUGGCGGUCGAAUAUGGGCAUCUUGAAGGAGGAAGAUCCAGAGCUGGAGAUGAAAUCGGAUAUCUUGUUGAACAGACCCCUACAAAGACGGCGUAUAUGGAACAUGAGUCCACUCUUCUCCAUGGUUCGUGGCAGAAAAUCUGGAAAAUCCGAUCCCCAAGACACCGUCAUCUGACCUCCUCUACCGUCAACUGUGCAGAAGCUCCAAAAUCUUCUGCACAGUUUCUCUCAAACUGGGCCCUGACAGUGAACCUGAGUAAAACCAAAACAAGGAUACUUGACAAAAGACCCAGCCUCCUCCAAAUAUACAUUCCACAAGGGACUGUUAAUCUAAGGCAAACAAAAACCUAUACCUACCUCGGUUUAAUCAUGAACACCACAGGACCUUUUAAUAAAGCUGUGAGACAAGGCAAGGAGGGCCUUUAAUGCCAUAAAAAGAAACAUCAAACUAGUCACCCCAAUUAGGAUCUGGCUCAAAAUCAUUGACGCAGUUAUAGAACCCAAUGCACGCUAUGGCUGACACUCUACAUGCAGAAUCCUGCAAGUCUAUCCUACGAGUCCUCCCAAGUGGAGGUGAACUGGGAAAAAUUGUGGACGAAUUUCGUCCAUCUUGAAAGAGGAAGAGCCAGAGCUGGAGGGGGAACCGGAUCCCUUGUUGAUCACUGCCCAACUAAAACGUAUGGAUUUACUAACACAUCUGUGCUUUGAGCAAUUGACACAAAAAUAACUUGCCCAUAAUAGCCCUGAAAAUUAGGCCCAAAAAAAACUGGGGACAAUGACUCUUUAAGUCUUUUAUUUUGACUCUUGUCACAUCUUCACAAUUUAUUUUCACAGGCAUUACUGAAGACCAGAUGACUCAUUUCCACCCCGCCUCCAUAAAACAAGCUAUAUAUUUCAAAAUAAAAGCGCACACAGCAGACGGCAAACAGUCCUAGACAACACGCAUUGCAACAGUGUCUAGAAAUUGUGGCACACUUUGGGGCCGUGUCCCAUGACACAGUAUCAGUAGUUCAAAGUAUCGUGACUUCCCCCCACAAAAAACAAGAAAAUCCAACAGUAAUUCACCUUUAGUGCACCUCUUGCUCUCGGGUGUGCACCACUUGUGUGCAAGUAUCUAAAGCCUCCAGUCGACCCUCAACACGCACAUCCACACACAUCACACGCGCCAGCCCUCUGACCCGUUUGGCCCCUGGCAGCACCCGUCCAACACGGAGGCACUUCAUAGGACAGCUGUGGAACAUGACUGUGUGGGGGCCCGGCACGGCAGAGCACAACCACGCUCAGGGAAAGGUUUGAUGUCCCUCUGGUCUCAAGUUCACCCCCCACCCUUGCAAGGGCAGGUGUCUACGAUGACAAAUACACACAGCAACGUACCAACAGAGAAUUAUCCAACUGACCAGCUACAUUUAUUUGUAUUAUUCAGGCCACGGUGGAUCGCGAUUAUGAAGAGGGAACUAUGCCGGGAGAACUAUGCCAUCCAACUAUGUACUCCAAGUGGAUCAUCAAGUAGAGGUUGGAUUAGGGAACAGAGUCAAACCAAGAAGUAUGCAAACGACCAGUGAAACAGGGAAUCCACACACUCACACGCUUCAUCGCCCACAGAAACCCUUUGCCAGAGCCGUCUUCCAUCAUUGUCCGUUUCUCCUGCCCUAAAGAGAGGACGUGCAGAAAGUUAUAGAACAAUGGAAGGAAUGCAAGAUGGGUGUCCCUACGUACGGUGCCAUUAUUUUGGACGAAACCUAGGACAACGUAUUGCUUGUUCAGGGCUAUUUGGCCAAGUCCGGCUGGGGCUUCCCAAAGGGAAAGGUCAACGAGGACGAGGCUCCUCACGACUGUGCGGUCCGUGAGGUGAUGGAAGAGACAGGGUUUGACAUAAAGGAUCACAUCUGCAAGAACAGGCACAUCGAGCUGAAGGGGCGGUGGUGGCGCAGGUUGUUGAGGAGUCGUCUAGUAACCAGAGGGUUGCUGGUUCGAGCCCUGCUCUCUCUGACCUCACCGAACUCCAAACACUGAACUCCAAACUGCUCCCGAUGUGCAGGUUGGCACCUUGCAUGGUGGCCUCCGCCAUCGGUGUGUGAGUGAGUGACUGAAUUGUUGAAUGUGAAGUAUCUCAUUGUAAAAAGCAAUGUAGCUUGAAUGUAAUUCUUCCUUGUAAGUCGCUUUCUAUAAAAGCGUCUGCUAAAUGACUAAAUGUAAAUGUAAGACCAUUGACCAGUUGGCACAGCUGUACAUCAUCACCGGUGUGUCGAAAGACACCAAGUUCAACCCUAAAACCAGGAAGGAGAUACGCAACAUUGAGUGGUUCGCCAUCGAGAAGCUCCCAUGUCUUCAUUUCCCGUCCGGAGGAAGCUAGGCUAUCGCAGGCACAAACACCUCCCUGAGACCCAGGCUGAGGCUUUCUUUCCCUUCGAUGGAAGGUUUAAACACCCAACCAUAGCAAUCUGUCCAUUCUGUUGCUCGAGUUUGAGGUUUUUUUUAUGUUUUCGUUUCUGCCAAAAGAUCCAAUGGAUGAGACUGAAAUGGGUGUAAUAUUUUCAGACUGCUUUUGUCAGAUUGUAUAUCAAGUGUUGACUUAAACGAACCAACUUGGAUAUGUUCCUUGUUGCUACUUGCUAAUUCUCUGUAGGUCCAUCCUUAAGCUUUUCUUGCUAUGUGCAAUGCUCUGUAAAAGUCCUAUACAUCACCACGAGGAGAAUGUCUGUUUGAUAGAAACCACAGGCACUGUUGAAGAGUGUUGAAUUUUGUAUGAAAACUCAAAAGUUCAAGUAAACGUACUCUGAGGUGAAAUGUAUUUAUUUUUCCAGAUCUAUAUAUUUUUUUACUAUUGCCAAAAAAUUUCAAGUAACCCAAAAGCAGACUACAUUUUCUUCCUUCGUCCCUUUUCAAAAUAUUGAUGUAUCAAAAUACCAUUAAGUACAUUUUCAAAUUCGCUUUCAAAUUUCUAGUGGACUGACAUGUGUUCAUAAUCACAAACGAAACAUUGAAACUUUUAUAUAAAUUAUCCAAUAUAUUGAAAUGUCAUAUUGUUUCCGAUGUUCAUUUUUAAUAGGUUGCCCUGUUCGAGUGGCAUCAUUGUGUUUUUUAUCUUAGGUAUUUUGAAAUGAUAAAAUCGUACUUAAAAAAUAUUAAAACACAUUAAAUCUCCACUGUACAUAA